AUGGUGUUCUACAGAAAGGAUCAAGAGUCGCAGCAACUGACGGACGAGGAAAGGCGCAAGAAGAGGAUGAAAUGGACGAUCGGCAUCACUGCGUUCGUCAUCUUUCAGGUAGUCCAGGCCCUCUUCUUUAUCCUUGUCAUCAUGAAGUUCAAGUCCCCCAAGUUCAGGGUCGGUGAGUUCGACAUCCAGUCCCUAAAUGUCGGGACUCAGACUUCACCCUCAUUCGACGUGACCUUCGUCGCCCCGAUCCGGAUCAAGAACACCAACUGGGGCCCCUUCAAUGGGGAGGUGGCUAUUCCGAAGAGCAAGGCCAACUUCAAGUCCACCAAGAAGAUUGACGCCAACGUGACCUUGAACUCUACGAACUUGCCAAGCAGUUCAACUCUCGGGAGCGAGUUGAGCUCAGGGGUCAUAACAUUGAACAGCCGAGCUGAGCUCAAAGGGAAGGUGACGGUCAUGUUCAUGUUCAAGAAGAACAAGACAUCGCAAAUGAACUGCACUAUGGCCAUUGAUGUGCCCACAAAGGCACUCAAGUCCUUGUCAUGCAAAUGA